AUGGAGGACGAGGAUGAGGAGGUCCUAGUGGUGACGACCAUGUGUCUCAGCGUGGCGGACGACGACGCGCUGCUGAACCAGGCCGGGGAGAGCAUCCAGCACGGCGUGGUGGCCUCGACCUUGACGCGCGCCGUGGCGGCGGCGACGGAGAGCGCGGACACCCCGGAGAACACCGCCGCGGAGGCCGACGCGACGGCGGCAGCCGUGUCCGUGGGGAAGUCGGCGGGGCGGGGCAGGUCGGGGCUUGGCGGCCACGAAGCGCACCGAGGAGACGACCCGCGGGAGGUCCCGCGUGGACCGGCACAGCGCGCGCGCAGCCGACGCGAGGCGGAAGAAGUCAUCCAGGAGGUGCUCCGCGAAUGA